AUGCCCAUAUUUCUUAGCAAAGAUCCUGUACAAUCCUGUACUGGACUGUUUUGGAGGCAUGCGCGCAGUGUUAAAUGUACAGCCAAGCCGCUUCCCCUACCACUUGUCUACCAAUCCCCCCUCUUUUUCUUUUUCAGUACAUCAGGGUAUCCGGCAGAUCAGGGUUUCUUCACUGCCAAGGGCGGCACCAUUUGCAUUUCAGAUCCCUUAUGCGACUCAGAGAUGACAACAGCUUCGUGGAAAACGAAAUAUUCUUGUCAAGUGAAGUAUGAUAGCUCUUUCAACCCAAAAACAUGCAUUGUAUGUCUCGCUAACAGUAUAUGUAUGUGA